AUGACAGCUCACUAUCUUUUUGACUGGAAGCUGAUGGACUGUGUCGUAUUUGUUUCAUGCUACGAUCCUUCGGUUAAGAAAACGGCUGUCAAUGUGAGAAAGUUUCUGGUGGAAAAACUUUUGCUGCUGGGUCUUAAAGAGAGUGAAUGCACCGAAGUGACAUUUGUCAUUGACGCUGGAGCGAACAUGAUAGCUGCACUGAAACUGGCCAAUUAUCAAGCUCUCUCCAGAAUUUUGUGCGCUGGGCACUUACUCAAUCGUGUGUCCAAGAAUGCUGUUAAGAAUAUGCCGGAAGAGCACCAGAUGGUCAACGAGGUGUUACAGAUGUCUAAGGCUCUUGUUCGACAUAUCAAGGCAACAACACUACAACACAUGUUGCCCCGAAAGGUGAAACAGGAGGUGGACACGCGGUGGAACACUGUAAUUGACAUGCUGGAUUCACUGCUGUCUGUAUACGAUGACAUUCAGGUCCUGUUGGUCGAACGAAAGGAACACGAGAUGUUACCUGAGCCACGUGAAUUUUUGGAGCAAUUAGUUGAGCUCUUGCGGCCGGUAAAACAAGCUACUGAAGAGUUGUCUGCAAGCAAAACUCCAACGUUACAUUUGGUACUUCCAUGGCGCAAAAUGUUGGAAGGCAUUUAUUCGGCGGCCGGCGGAGGUGAUGAAGCUCCGGCUAUAUCUGCCUUGCGUAAGAUGAUGCUGCGUUAUUUGCGAGAAAAAUUCGUGAUACUGGACAUUCAUAACAUUGCUACGUUUCUUAAUCCCCGGAUGAGAACGCUGAAAAUGUUGACCGAAUCUGAGAAAAAGGCCGUGCUUGCCCGGGUACGUGCUCUACUGCCGGUUGUGAUCAGUGACAAAAGCACCCAAAAGGUGAAAGCAGGUACAACGAGUAAAGCAAGCAAGUUUGCAGACUUCGAAGACGAUCUGGCCAUUGAUCAGGAUAACGACGAAGUUGGUUCCUACCUUAAGACAUCUGUGCCGCCUAAAUCAGCUGAUGAGGAUCAAGGAUGGCUACUUAAAUUUUGGAAGGACAAAGAAGGGGAGCUACCGCGGCUGGCGAAGUUGGCCAAGCAAGUUCUGCCGGUACCGGCGACUAGUACUGCUUGUGAGCGCACGUUUAGUCUGGCUGGAUUUGUGAUUGAUGAUCGGCGUAAUAGUCUGAAGCCGGAAAAGCUAAUAAACUUUCGGAGUGGAUCGGAGUGG